AUGGCUUACAGAAGAGCGGGCGAUAGACCCGUACCUUCAGCUGUAGAAUCUGAAGGCACUGAAGCAACUGAAGGUAAUGAACAAAUUUGCAAUGGUACAUUGUUAUUUGAUAAUAACUUAGAUUUUAAUCCUUAUGGUGACAAAAAAGUGAACGAUAAAGGGUCAUACAACGAGAUCAAUGCCCUUCGUAAUCAAUAUACAACUCGUGACAAAAAUUGGGAAUACCAAGAAUAUUACUUGGGAGAAAAGGACAAGGAAAACAGGAAAUGUGGAGAAGGCGAAUACCAUUGGUCUGGAGCUCAGUCAAUAGAAUCUUACGAUGGCCAUUUUAUUCGGGACACUAUGCACGGUGUGGGCGACUACCGCUGGCAGUACCACGGCUCUGAAAACUUGGACAUUACGUACGAGGGACACUUCUAUUGCAACAAGAUGCAUGGUUAUGGAACUCUGUCAUUUCCGGAUGGAAGAACAUUUUAUGGUUUAUUUUUAAAUGAUGUACGAUGGGGCCCAGGAAUACAAUCUCAUGCUGAUGCCCACGAAGAUGUGGGUCUGUGGCGUGGAAAUCAGUUAGUGAGGCUAGCUUGGAGACCUGAAGGCCCGAGCAUUGUGCCAGAGUUUGUUAGUACAAAUAUUGGGCGAACUGUUGUGGAGUCUCACAGGAUUUUGUUAUGUACAGAAAUCGAAAAAGUUAGUACUAUUGCAAUAGUUAACUGCCUCUUUGGUCCAGUGGUUUGGUGGUUUCGAGUCAUUGGUCGAGAUAUGAAAUUUAAAGCUUUCUUCUUCCGAAAAAUGUUCAGUAGGUUAGAAUUGGGAAUUUGGAUCUAUAUAACUAAUCCAAAAAUCGGAGAAACAAACAAAGCCAUUGAGCUUCUCAAACAGAGCGGCGCAGACCCGCUGAUAGCUGCAGAGAAAUGGAGAAAACUCUACCCCAGUUAUUGCACUGAUCUUGAUAGUCCUCUUUGCUAUACCGAAUCUUUUGAUCGUGAUUACUACAAAGGAAAGUUAUACACUUUAAAAGAAGUGGAACCGGGCCCGGAACAAAAUGACCGGGAUUCUUUUGAUAACGAAAACACCUAUUACGCUUGGAAUAACAAUAGCACGGUGAUAAAUAUGAUGAAACAUAGUUAUAAACACGAGAAACAGCGAUGUGAUAAAAGAUUAGAUCUGAAGUAUAUUCUCACGGGACCUAGAAUACAGUUUAAACUAGCUGGAAAUCACGAAUUAGAUUGUAGAACAGUACUCAUGGCUGCCUUCUUAGGUCAUAUCGACGUUGUUGCCCAGUUGGUGAACGAUAACCAUGUUAAUCCAGACGUUGCUGAUGUCCGAGGCAAUUCAGCGGUUAUGUAUGCUACUGUUGGAGAUAAACCAGAUACUGUACAUUUUCUGGUGGAGGCUGGUGCAAAUGUGGACUCUUACAAUGACAGCUGUUGUACACCUCUUGGAGUGGCCUUAAUGCAAUAUAUCUGCAUUGUUCACGAUAUACCACCUAGCGAAAUGCUAAAAGCUUUAUUACCGGCUGCAAUAGAUCAAGUUAAGGGGCCAGUAGAACUGACAGUAAUUGAGUGGAAUAUGACACGUGAACACCUUUCUGGUAUAAGCAGUGCGUUAACAAAGAGUCCCAGUAAAAGUAACAGAAUAAUGAGUUCGAAAAAAAUAAAGUCUUUUCUAUCGAUUAAAGAUCAACCGGGAACUAGAAAAAAGACUGAAAUUAUUCAAAGUACCGUUCCUGAAGAUGUUUUGAAAUCAGAUGAUCUAUUUUCUGAAAAUAAGAAACUUUAUGAGAGUAUAGCCCGUGAAUAUUCUACUACAGUAUCAGAUGUUAAUUUAUUAUCAACGGAGGCCGGUCCUGUACAGUUUAUUCUGAAUGUUAUCGAUAUGGUUAAAGAAGUUGACAUGGACACUUUCGACGACGAACCCAAGAAAGUGACUGAUAAGAGUGUAAAAAAGUCACAGUCCAAUAAAAUAUUGAGAGAUAUAAGGAAAACAAGCAAAGAAAUUAUGUGGCAAAACAUAGAAAAUGAAGAAAUUUCAAUUACUAAAACAGAUAUAUUAAAGUCCAAUAAUUUUUGUAAUUAUUGUAGAUUACAAAGAGCAAUGUCUACCAUUCUGCAAUUGUUAUCAGACGGAGCUAACCCAAAGUUAGUGCGAUGUCCACAUCCCGCUCUUUUAUUAGCUGUAAUGUCUAAUUCCCCUGAUUUGAUACGGCAUUUAGUGCAUUAUGGAGCAAACAUUAACGAAAUUUACCAUCAGCUAUAUAAUUACACUCCUUUGGAUAUUGCUGUAUCUCGUUCAUUAUCAUACGAUAAUCUUGAAAUUGUGAGAGCAUUGUUGGAGUCCGGAGCUGAUGCACAGCACAGGCUAGUCCAUGAACAAGAUCUCCAAGGACUAACAGCUGAACAAAUUGAUGGACCUACACUUCUUCAUGCCGUUUUAGCAAAGAAGACUGAAAACGAAAUGGAAGAUGAUAUCUGUCAUCAAUUAUUGGCACUAUUACUUGAUUACAAUUGCAAUCCUACAGCAUUGUAUAAAGGUUGUGCUGCGCUAGAUGUCGCGAUGAGCAAAACCGAUGAAAUUUUCAAUGUUUUUAUAAAGAAUCCUAAAAUAAAUCUAAACGCGGUUAUAAAUAAUUGUAAUCAAAGUGUUCUUUUGAAAAUGUUUAGUUUCCCAUACUUUAAAAACAUUACGAGCGUAGAACGACUGCAAAGGUUAACAGACCUUUUGCUAUAUGGAGCUGAUCCAUUGCUACAAUGUCAGAAUCGUGAAGAAAAAUUCCAGAAUUUCUUUGUUUUCGCCAAACAAACAUUAAAUGAAGUGGAAAACUCCCAUUCGAAAGCUGUUAAUCCACCUGCAGGGAAAAUUUCAGAAACAAAAGUUAGUAAAAAAGGUGAUAAAUCUAUGAAAAGCAACAAGUCAUCUAUGAAACAAACUGGAAAAGGCGCGGAUGAUGUCGAAGAUUAUAGACAAGCGAUUGAUCUUGUGACCGACUGUGCACGGCUCGUUUACGUUAGAUGGGUACAAGCCAAAAUCAUGAAAGAUCUUAUUGUAUCCAUUGAUAAAUACAAACACCGACACUGGCAAAUUAUAUUAAAGUCAUGCCAAGAUUUAAAAAGUGCAGGGUUAUGGCUCUCCCCACAACGUUGUCUCGAAAUAUGGGAUAUAUUAUCUGAUACUAAGAAGAAGGUAUACAAAGACCAACGUAUCAUGACGCAUUUACUGAGCAUCGUUGUGUUUUUAUCGUGGCAGAAUUAUGAUCGACUUAACAGCGACUUAGCUAUCGCAUCAAAGAUUACUACACCAAUAAAAACAGCUAUAGAUAAAGACGUUGGCCGGCUGUUGAAACAGUACAAGUCUGAGAAAAAGUUUAAAUUAGCUUUUUUUCAAUGGCAACUGUCUUACGUGAAGCCAGAAUUAGAUAAUGACGCAAAAAAGUACGACGUGUGUUUUGAAUGUAUCCUGCCACUGAAAGGCGGAAAGAUUUUAUGCAAUUGGUGCAAACAAGUUUACUUCUGUUCAUCCGAGUGCAUGAGUUCUAACGUUCUUCGAUCUAAUUGUCACCCAUGUAGCUAUUAUUUGAAAGAGAAGUAUUUUGCUAGCCCCAAUGAAAGCAGCUAA